UAUUCAACUUUUAGAUCAUUGAAAUUAGCUGUGGAUUUUGACACUGUCUGCGUCCCGCAACAGAUUAUAUUUUUCGUAAAGGAACUGGAUGUCCAAGAUUCGCGAAAUGAUAAAAUGAAAUUUAUGAUUGUCACGAUAUUAAAUGUUGUUCUACAACAAAUAACUAUCGAUGAAAUGGUCGAUGCAGAGAUCAUUAUUGACGUUUCUUGGGAUGCUGUAAAGGCAAUGAUAGAAAUUGUCAAAUACGGCGAUGACGAUAACACGAUUUUACGCGCUACUGCCUUAUUAUGUGGUACUUGCGCUGGCAGUUCUCGGCUUGUUUUUGAACAAAAGAGUCAGAAGUCUGUAAUUUCUCAAAAAGAGGAUAAUCUGUCAAUUUGUAUUUAUAAUACGAUAAUAAAUAUAAUUAUACCAUAUGUCAAAGAUGCAGAUUUGUCUCGUACAGAUUCAAACGAGUUUCACAAAAAUUUCAUCUUUUGUCUGAAUAAUCUGUAUCAGUUGGAAAAUUGUCAUCAUGACAAUUUGUCAAAUCAUUUGGUUGCUAAUGGUUAUCUGAAGUACUUCUUGCUCUUGACUUUAGAGCUUCCGAAAAAUUUAAAAAGAAACAUUUGCUUGUUACUAUCACAAAUUCUGAGUGUUCUUAGUGAAAGAGCAUUUUUAAUCAAAGACAGGAACGAGUUUGUAUAUUGUUUGCGCAAAAAUUUUCUUGACUUAAUAUUGAAAGAUUCAACGAAAGAGCGAUGGAACGAUGCUGUAGCGUGUCAUGGAGAUGAUGGAACGGCCUUACUGAUUUUGUUAUAUUAUCAUUUUCAAGGCACUGGAGAGUACGAGACUUUAUUUUUUUAUAUUGUACACUAUUCUACAUUGUAUUCGCUAAUAUAUUAUACAUUUCACAUUGCUUUUAGAAACGACAUAUCUUUGGAAUCGUUAAUUGCUAGAAUCAUGGUAUUUUCAAUAUCUAAGCCAAUCUCAAUCCCGGUUUUAAAACCUUUAUGGUUCUUAUUUGCUGUGACAUCUGUCUCUCAUAAAUCUCUUAAUUCGUUACCUAAUUAUGAAAAUGCGGUUAUUAAAUUAACGAAUAUCCUGCAAACGUUAGAAAUCAGCAAGUUUUAUACUCAUCACAUCGAUCUUUUACAUUAUUAUCUUAAAUGUCCAAACGUUUCGCAGAACUUAUUAAAUCAAGUUUUAAAUUUAUGGUUGAUAGAAUCCGAUGGUGAUAUCAAGCCGUUACUGUCAUUCAAUUGUGACAAAGUGGUUCGCCAUUUAUUGGUUGUGAUACGGAAUGGUUAUCCCGAACAUGUUAUCAAUCCAGCUAUGAAAGGACUCCGUCAUCUAAUUCAAAUUGACAAUAAUGAUAAACACAUUGUAGAACAAGUGGCGGAAACUGUGUGGCACAUGCUGCCCAACAUACUUUCAUCAUAUAAUUCAGAUACUGUUGCGCAUAUAGAGGCAGCUUUGGAAUUAGCCAAUAUUACUCUACCACAUACAAUACCGAUUGAAAUUAUAAUACGCAGCGCUCAUAAUAUUGUUAAUAUUAUAUUAGAAAAGAAUAUUACAGAUUCAAAAUUCAUAACUUUAGCUGUAACGCAAGCACAUGUUUUGUUGGUUUCCACUAUAUCACACAAUUCAUUUAAAGUGCUUCAAAUAUACAUACAACAUCCUAUACUAUUAAAAAAGUUGUACGUUUAUGGAUUUUCAAAAGAAAGAUCGAAUUUGUCCAUGAUUAGCAUAAAACUGCUCAGGUUCAUUAUUCAUUGCCAAAAAAAAUCAUCGAUAAAGUGCAAAGAGCCACUCAAGAUUCACAUAAAAAACUUAGUUGAUCUCCUAGUAUAUGCGAAAAAAUCAAGUUGCGUAAUAAAUGAAAUGCAAUUUAUAUGUGAGCUUUUAACACAAAAUGUUGUUAAAUCAGCUGUCGUUUUGCAAAAGAUUUCAUCUGUUAGUGAUGGAAACAUAGUUAUUUAUCUCUAUGAAGUUUUUCAUAUUAUUCAUGCAAUGAAAUAUGAGCCGCAACAAGAAACGGUAUAUCAAAGUCUAAUGGUUUUAUUACAUUUCUGUAAUACUAAUGUAACUAAAACACUACUAUCUCACAUUUGUACCUUGAUGAGUAAUUAUGAUCUCGUUCUAAAAGUUGUAAGAACGCGAUAUGUAUCGCAUCAGUUUGUCGAGUUUGUCACUACAUGGCUUUCUUAUCGCAAAGCAAUUUGCAACGAUCAAUUGUGGAAUCCUAGAUCGUUUAAAACACCUUUUGACCAAGUUUUGGAUCAUCUUAAGGAAUAUUCUGUGAUGUUAUAUAAUAAGGAGUUGACAGAUGCUUGUCAGAGUCUUCAAUGUGCGGUAAGAGGUGUUUUAAAAAUCCUGAAGUAAAUUACACAUUUUAUAAGGAUCAAUAUCUUGUCAUUUUUAUAUAUUUCUUAUUUUUAUUUUAGCUGUCACAAUUCCAAUGAACAAUAACAAUUGUGUGAAUUAUAUCACGUUAUAUCACAGUACAAUUAGUUUAUACAAGGAAGAAGUUAUAAAGAGUUUACAUAUAUUUUAUGAGAGUUUCUACAUUUCCUAUUAUAAAACUUGAUGCAAUUUAUUUCUUAAUGUUUAAUAAUUAAAUUCUGU